UUUCAGGAGACAGUUCAACUUAUGAAUUUUCACAUGAGCAUCCGAAAGACCAGAUCAGACUGGUUCUGCUGGGAAAAACUGGAUCUGGGAAAAGUGCCACUGCAAACACCAUCAUCGGCAGAAACAUGUUUGAAUCUUCAGUCAGUUCAAGCUCUCAGACUAAACAGUGUCAGUCAGAAACUACAGUGAGGAAGGGUAAAAAGAUCUCAGUCAUCGACACACCUGGACUUUAUGAUACUGAACUCAGUAAUAAGGAAAUAAUGAAAGAAAUAGUUAAAUGCAUAACAUUCGCCUCUCCAGGACCACAUGCUUUUAUUUUUGUGAUUAAAGUGGAUCGAUUUACUGAGGAGGAGAAAAAUACAGUAAAGGAGCUCAAAGAAGUGUUUGGAGAACAGAUGGAAAAAUACACUGUAGUCCUCUUCACUCACAAAAAUCAGUUAGAGAAGAAAAAUACAACCAUUGAGCAGUUUCUAGAAAAUGGUAAUCCAGAUCUGAAAGAGUUUGUAGACAGUUGUGGAAAUCGAUUCUUCUGUCUGGACAAUGAGUCUGCUAGUUUCUCACAGUUCAAAGAUCUGAUCAGUAAAAUAGAGAAGAUGGUGACAGAAAACGGAGGGACACACUUCACCAAUGACAUGUUUAAAGAAACAGAGAAAGACAUUCAGGAGAUUCAGAAGCGGAAACUGGAUGAAAAAGUGGAGCGGUUCAAACAGGAGAACAAACAAGUCACUCAAUCAGAAUGGCAGAAAAUAUACUGGAGUUUAGUAGAGGAGACAAAACAUGAAGCGCAGCAAUCUUUUUUGGAACGUUUUUAUGAAGUUCUUGAAUUGCCUUUUGUACAGAGUACUGAAGAGGAAAAGAGUGCAAUCGAGGAGGCACAGAGCAAAGGAAUCAGUCGUGGAAAGGCUAUUAGACUUGCAAUCAGAGCCUCAAGGAAACUAGCAGGUCAGAAAAUGUGUAGCAUUCAGUGA